UAUAUAUAUAAAAAUGAUACUAUCAUCAUGCUAAAAAUUCUUGGGAUCUGGAAGAGUAUUAUAUAAGUUUGCUGUAGCUAAUUAAACAAGAUAUGUAAUAAGUGAAUAGUAUAAUUAGAGUUCUUCUUAACUACAAUAUUAUUAAAGUUUAAGAAUUCAUAAAGAUAAAUCUGUACCAUCAAUUUUAAAUAAUUUAUUGAUAAAUCACAUGUUGAAAUAUGAUUGGGUUGUAGAUUAGGGUCCAAAACUGUUUGAUUUACUUUAUGCUAUUUGUGGAACGAGAUUGGCCAAUUUCCUAAUAAAUAAUACUAUUGGUAGAGUAUUCACAGCUGGAGAAAACCUUGAGAGUGUAGAAAGAUAUCUAUCUUCAUCAAAUGAUAGUAAUAAUAUGUUAUACUCUUUUAAGAGAUUUCCUAUAUUAUUGAUUAUUGUUCAGAAGCUGUUGAAGGAAUAGAUGAUUGUGAAAAGUUUUAUGAUGAGAACAGUUCUAUUUUUAGAUAAACAGUUUUAGAAUGUGCAAAGAAACCAGAAAAGAAAAAUAUGAUUGCUAUCAAAGUUUCAAGUUUAAUUGAUAUGAAUCUACUUAAGUAAAUUAACAAAGCAAGAUUGAAUAUUUUUGAAUUAUUCAAUAAAAUUAGUUAGGACAAAUAAACUAUUACUAUUCAAUAGGUUUUUAAUUAUUUAUUUUAUUUUAGGUCUUUAAUUAUCUUAAAGAAUAAGGAAUUAAUUUGAAUGAAAACGAAUAAAAAUAAUUUAUUAAAGGUGUUUUAAAAUUCAAUAAAAAUGAAAAUGAAAUAGAUUAAAUAACCUGGAGAUAUAGAGUUUAACCUAUUUUUAUGUUUGAAACUGAUUUAAAUAAGAAUCCAGCUAUUAAACAUUUUAAUAAUUUGAAUGAAAAAGAACUAUUUUUAUUUGAAUAAUUUAUUGAAAGAGUCAAAUAUUUUAUGGAUCCAGCUUUACAUAAUAAAAUCUGUGUAAUGGUUGAUGCUGAAUAGACAUAUUUACAAUGGGCUAUUGAUAGUUUCUCUGAAUAAAUGGAAGCAUAUUAUAAUUAAAAUUAAACUCUAGUAUUUAACACUUUCUAGAAUUAUUUAAAAUAAACUAAAGAUAGAGUAGAUUAUGAAUUAGCAAAAGCAGAAAUAUUUAAGUUAAAUGUUGGUAUUAAAAUGGUAAGAGGAGCAUACAUGGUUGAAGAAAGUAAGUUAGCAAAAGAAUAAGGAAAAGAAAACCCAAUUAAUGAUGGAUAUGAAGCUACUACUGCUAUGAUUGAAAGAAACUUAGAAAAAUUAAUCUUAAAUAUUCCUAAAUCCUCUACCAAAGUUUUUGUAGCUAGUCAUAAUGAAUAAACAGUUGAAUUUAUUAAAGAAUUAAUGCAUAGACAUUCUAUUCCUAAUUAAGGAGGUAUAUUAUAUUUUUAAUAUUAUUAUAGAUGUAUUAUUUGCUUAAUUAUAUGGCUUAUCAGAUCAUGUUACUUAUCAAUUAGCUGGAGAAGUAUAAUAUUAUCUAUAUAAUUUAGGGAUAUAAAAUAUAUAAAUAUGUACCUUUUGGAAAAACUGAGAUUAUGAUUCCUUAUUUAAUGAGAAGAGCAUAAGAAACUAAGAAAGUAUUAUAAUCAAGUUCUUUGUAAACUCUUUUGCUGAUUGAUGAAUUAAAAUACAGAUUAUAUUUGAAAUGA